AUGACUGUCGUCGACACAACCAAAGUAUUCAAAGAAGAUCUCUUCAAGGGCAAAGUUUUACUAUGCUCUGGUGGUGGUAGUGGUAUUUGCCGUGGCAUGACGGAGGCCAUGGUUAAGCAUGGAGCCACCGCUGUUAUUUUCUCCAGAAGCAAGGACAAGUUGGAAAAGGCAGCCAAGGAGAUGAGCGCCAAGACAGGUGGUGAAGUAUUCGCUGUUGCAGGUGAUGUUCGUAAUCCUGCUGAUGUAGAGAAUGCUGUCAAGGUUACUGUCGAAAAAUAUGGCCGCAUUGAUUUCUUGAUCAAUGGUGCCGCUGGUAACUUUUUAGCUGCUUUUGAUCAUUUAUCCUACAAUGCUUUCCGCACUGUCAUUGAAAUUGAUUUGCUCGGUACCUUUAAUUUAACCAAGGCUGCUUCUCAAUACCUCAAGAAAUCCAAGGGUGCCAUCAUUAAUGUAUCUGCUACUUUGCACUACACUGGUACACCUUUCCAACAACAUGCUGGAGCUGCCAAGGCUGCUAUUGAUGCUUUAACCAAGCAUUGGGCUGUGGAAUUGGGCCCUCAUGGUGUUCGUGUCAAUGGUAUUGCACCUGGACCUAUUGCUGCUACUGUAGGUAUGGAAAAAUUGGGGCCUGCUUUCGACUUGGCAUCUGUCCCUAUGCAGCGUAUGGGUGAAGUGCAAGAUAUUGCACACUCUACUGUUUUCCUCUUCUCUGAGGCUGCUACAUACAUCUCUGGUGUUGUUCUGGUUGUUGAUGGUGGUGCCUGGUUGAAUCCUGCAUACCCAGCCUACCCUGACAUUGUCCUGGAGCCCCCACAAUUCAACAAGCUCUAA